AUGCUCGCUUCGUAUAAAAUGGGUCCGAUGCCGACGAGACCGUAUCGUGUUCAACAAUGCGUCUCAUCAUCGUCGUUGCUCUUCUCGUCGCCGUCGUCGUCUCACAGGCUCAAGAAUCGGAUGCCUACGGAAAUGCCAAUCGAUAAAAUCGGAUGCCUACGGAAAUGCUGCGCCGUAUCUUGCCGGCGAUCCGCAACAUCGGCGAAUUGCUCUUCGGAUAAAUUUCCCCACUAA